UUACAGACAACAAAUAACUCACGAUAAUGGAAGAGAUGACAGAUUAACAGCAAGUGGAUUGAGUGUUAGGAGUGGCCGUCCAUCUUCUGCACGAUCAGGUGUCCCCAGACAAGGUCUCCGAUAUCCUCCAGGUCCUUCGGGCGAUGACUGCGCAAAUGUGACGCCUCUUAGACGAAAGAAGAACAGACCAUCAAGUGCGGUUCCCUCUGCCCAUGGCGACCAAUACAGGUUAGACAUUGCAGACAGUGCAAGGCUUACUGGAUCUAAUUUGAGGCCUUCUAGCGCCAAAGCGGGUGCCAGACCCAAGAGGCCUCAGAGGGAUCCAACUACUGACCACGCUGUCCAGAGACCAUCAACAGCCAGUGCGUACAGAAGUGAUAAUGAGAAUGCUAGGAGACAGUCUGAAUUUGCGGAUUUUAGGAAAGAAACCCAUGUGAGCUCACAUUAUGCUAAGAAAGAAACAUCUGGGAGUAAGAGUAGGCUUAGUGACCGUGAAUUGCAAGACUUCUUUAGAUUACGUGAAAUUCGGCAACAGUCUGGCAACGACCUGUCCCCAUCUUCUAGUGAAGGUGGACAAGAUGCAGGAGGGCCCAGGACGUACAAUUUCUUUAGGAAUGAAGCGAAGAGCCAUCAAGUAGUACCAGAGAGCAGACCCUACAGGGAUGAUCCAUAUGGAUCGAGGAGUAAGGCCAGCCUGGAGAAUGGCAUAUCAAGGCGUGUCCGGUCACAGUUGGGUUCAAAGGUCGAAAGCGAGGCACUACAGGCAUCCGAGUUUCACAGUGCGUACUCGGCAGAGAACAUGCUCCAGUCCUUGCUUGGUAGCCGCAAGGUCAAAGCCAAACUGCACGACGAACUCCUGUCAUCCUUUCUGGAAAAUGAUGGCUAUGAGUCGAUACUCACUCGUAAAAGGAAUAGUUCUAGACCAAGAGAUCAGAUACUGAACCGGGGAGGACCAGACCUUAAUGGAAACGAGGUGGAGAUGGACAGUGCUCUGUUGAAGUUCCACCACACAACAUCAGUAGAAUUGGACAAUGAACAUGAAGAAUGCACCGAUGAAACGGAACAAGAGAAGGCAUUGUCUUCAAUUCCAUCAGCAUCAGAUGAUGUCUCUGCUUACUGGGCAACCCAGCAGGAGAAACAGGAAAAUGUUAGGGUAGAGUCAAUUCCUACUGAUGGGAGGCGUGAUAUUGAUGAUCAUGUAGCAACAAACAAGGAUGAAGGGGAGGAGAGCGGGGUAGAGAUGGACGAUCUAAAUUUUGAUGUUGGUGCCUUGUGCAAUGCUGCCAAGCAAGGAGAUGACAUACUGAGGCAAUACAUCCAGGGACUGACGGAGAAGGUCAAGGCAAAGAAAGGCAAAGAGAGUAAUCCCAGCGAAAAUGUUCUUGGAGAGGGUCCUACAAGAAGUUCUGGAAAGAUUGAUUCUCUGUUUGCUCCAAAGAUGCCAGAGAGAAAGUUUGAUGAGAAAACGACAGUUGCUUCUGUAAAUGCAAAAGUGACAGUACCUCCAGCAGAGCAGAGUUAUUCGGCUUUGUACAGUGAGAGUGACUAUAUGAAGAAGAAAGAAGUAGAACCCAUAUUUGUUGAAGACAAGGUAAACUUACAGAAUGCCUCAAGGAAUGGAUUUGUGGAGAUGGAUCAUGACCAUCAUUCUGAUAAUUCAGUGCCCUCCCCAGAUCAUGCUCCAUAUAAAAAUCUGUUUGGUUCUGCCCAAGAUUCUACAGGAUAUAGAGACACAGAACCAUCAGUCAGCUUUGAAGCAACAAAUGAUUAUCAAAAAGACAGUGUGAGUCUAGAAGAUAAGGAAAUGGAAUUUGAUCAGAGAGCAUUUAAUGUUCAAGAGAGCUUUCAGGAUGAUAAUGCAAGUGUUGUUAGUAAGGUCAGAGAACCAUCAGUAACUGCCGAUCUUUUAGAAAAGCUUGGACUGUUCGAUACCAACGAUACAUCCUUCACAAAUCCUCAGAGAGGUCAGCUUGGAGGAUCUUCGGUUCUGGUGAGUCAUGGUGCUGAUUCUUCAACUGAUGAUGCUGGCUUCAAGCUGGCCAAUGGAACCUUGGAUGAUUCAGAUCUUGGUCUUGAAACUUUCCGUCCGGACAGUCGGAUCGUUUUGCCACUGGAGGAAGUGAGAGACUACACUUACAGCAAGGUGGGUGUUUUGACAACCAGCUAUGUAGACUCUCCGGAUCUCAUUGAAGAAGUAUUGGAUAUGCCCACAGCUUCAAGACCUGCAAGGUCCGAAACUGAAGCUUUAAGGAGAACCUAUGAUAUGUCUGAAGAGCCAUCCAAAGGUGAUAUUGCAGAUCCCAACGUCAACACUCCGUUCCAUUCCCAAAUUCAGCGCUCCAAGUACGGUGUCUCAUUCGUCUUUGAUCCUCAAGACACAGGAAAUGAUGUAAAUGGCGCCAACGCAUACACUGCAUUUGUACCGCAACCUAAUCAAGGUCUAGGAAAUUCCAAGCAUGGUAUUGCUUUUGAAGUGGACUUGACAUCUGCCAGAAAGCAACCUAAACCGCCUCCAUCCUCGAAGCCAAGCAACACUAGGUUGAUGACACCGAGUAGGGGUUCUCCAAAGCUGAGUCGGAGCUCUCCACAGAAGUCAAGACCCAGGAAGAGUCCUAGGACUCCAGAUGCCCACAGAUAUGAAGUCAGGAACUACCACGAGAAGGACAGAAGAAUGAGGAAGCUUUCCUCACCUAGAGCUAUAGCGUCACCAGUAAGCAAUCUAGCAUCUGAGUCCUCAUCAACUGGUGACAACCAAUCCUCUCUGAGACUAAGCUUACCGUCCAACAUGGAUACUGAUAGACCUGGUGCUGAAGAAAUCGUCCACCUUGGGGACAGUCUUGGUGAUAGCCUUUUAGACGUUGAAGUUGGAGCCCCAUUUAAUCACUCGCCUAGGCGUGAAGCACCCUUGGAAGAUGUGAAUGAAGUCCUGGACAGAAUUUCAAACUUCAACCCUCCUGCAGCGUCAAGAAGUGUGGCCCUCGAAAGCCAAGACACUGUGAGUGAUAUCAUCGGACAGAACGGAGUAAACUUCACGGUGCGUCAAGACAGUAGAGACCCUCAAGACCGGAGACAGGAUAUCAACAAGGCAAGCAAACCCCGACCAAGCAGUGCAAACCCCAAGAAAACUGCCACCAAGAAACCAGGUAGCAAUCGCCCCACCAGUGCCCAUUCCAAGAUGUACUCCUCCCCGGACAAGAGUUACGACAGGAAGUGGCCUCAGUCCAGCAUGGCAUGGAUGACUCAACAUAAACUCACUUCAAGUCUCAUUGGAGGUGACCAAUCCGCCAGUGACCUUUCAGCCUCAGGGUCAAAGGUCAAGAUUAGCCAGUCAAGGGUCAACAGAGAGUUUGCUGGAAAGAGCAAGCCUCCGGUCGCAGUUCAGAUGUCCAGGAGGGAUGGCGAGUUCGUCACAGUAAGGUCAUCUAAGUUAUUUGAUGGAACCGUAUCACGAGUGCUCGACGGAAGAGGAUCUGUUGGCGUACCUCCGUUAACUUUACAACUCAUUCAAGAUAGUCCUAGAGGUUCUGAAUCUCUGUCCAUCUGGCAGCUGCUACCUGAUGAGAUUCUGCUACACAUCUUCUCUUAUCUUCCUCAACACAAGCUAGUCAUGUGUGCCCUGACAUGCCAACGCUUCCAUAGGAUUGCAAUGGACGACUCUCUGUGGCGAACCAUUAGAUUGGAGAACAGAGAUUUGACGGACUUCUAUCUGACUUACAUAGGAGAGAAGCACCCUGUCAGUCUGACGCUUCAUAAGUGCCGCGGUAAUCUCGUCACAGAGAAUGGAUUGCGCAAUCUCUUCAGGUCAUGUGCGGAUUCAUUGCAGGAGCUGAACGUUACAGGGUGCUCCAAGGGAGAGCUCCAGGGAGAUUCCAUCCUGCUCCAUGUCUCCAGAUGCUUCAACCUGAUCUCCUUGGAUACCAGCUGGUGUGCUGUCACUGACAACGGUCUCUCUGCUAUCCUGGAUGGAUGCCCAAGAUUGGAGACUAUUUGCUUGAAUGGAUGUCAGUCUGUAUCAGAUCAGUGCCUUCGUCAAAUCGUCAACAAAUAUGGAUCCAAUCUGGAGGUAUUGGAGUUGUGUGGAUGUUUCAAUCUCUCUCCUCAGACCCUGACACAUCUUGCUGACACAAGCAACCAUCUUAGGACUCUUAACAUCGCUCAAUGCUACAAGAUCACUGAUGAGUGUGUUGCUUCAGUCGCGCCCAAGUUCCAAUCCCUACAACAUUGGCAGCUCAAGGGCGUCAAGGAGCUGAGAGACUCUGCUGUCAAGAAGAUCGCCAGGCACUGCAAGAAGCUCAGAACCCUGUCCAUUGCAUCCUGUCCACAUGUCACUGAUGUCUCCUUGAUUGAGAUCGCUACGUACCUGAAUAGUAUAAGGAGCCUGGAUGCUUCUGGUUGCCGUAAGAUCGGGAACGAAGGGAUGCGUUGCCUAGCAACAUGCUGUCCAUACUUGGAGAAGGUUGGACUAAGCUCAACAUCAGUCACGCACAAGAGUGUGUCCUCCUUAGCCAGUUAUGCCAGUCAAACCCUCAUGGAGCUGAAGCUGAAUUGCUGUAGAGAGAUCACAGAGGCAAGCAUAAUACGACUACUCAAGCAUUGCAAGAAGCUCAAGACUCUUCAUCUGUAUGGAGUGAAAGGUCUGAGGAACCUGGGUAUACUCAAGGUACAGUACCCAUGCAUAGAGUACCUAGAGAAGGUGAGGGCCCCUUAGUUACAUCUUCAAGCACUGUGUGUGUAUUGGGUUUUUACAGACGUGUAUCAAGCAGGUAUGAAUUUUUACAUCUGGGGACCGACCUUUAACGUCACCAUCCGAAAGACAUGACUCAGUUUCGAACCAGGGUUGCCUGAGCCAGUUUGUAGGGGAAGAUAGAGAGCUGACUAACUCACACCUCCGUAAAGCACCUCGAUGGCGACAAGGACAUGUACCCUGUUAGCCAUUUUGAACGAGACAAAGUGAGACCGAUUCAAGUCACAUCAUCAAGUAUCUUUCGAGCUACCAGUACCUACAAAUAGUCACAAGUUUUUUGCUAGCCACCUCGCCAUAGAAAAUGUUCCAAAAGGUGAAGAAUUUAGGAAUGUAAGGAUGCAGAUAGUUCAGUAUCCUUUUAUAGAGUACCUUGAAAAGGUCAGACAGACUUAGUCGCAUUGUAAAGCACCUCGAUAGCCACAAAUACAUGUACCCUGUUAGCCACUAUUAACUAGAGCAAGUGAGACUGAUUCAAGUCACAUCAUCAAGUAUCUUUUGAGCUACCGGUAACUACAAAGAGUCAUGAGUUAUUUGAUAUCCACCGAUCCAUAGAUAAUGUACCCAAAGGUGAAGGACUUUGAAAUGUAAGGAUACUGAAAGCACUAUAUCCUGUCAUAGAGUACCUGAAAACUCAUAAAAAGUCAUAAAGAAGUAGUCACUUCACCUAGCUGGAAGGUAUCCUUAUUUAUCCAGUACCUUGGUGGCUGAAAAUUCCUUGUUAGCUAACAGCACUUAUUAACUAGUAUGUCUGUAUUCCUUGCUAUUCUUUUUUUUUGGUAGUACCAUUCAUCUUAAUUAUUUGGAAAUGACUUUGUUGGGCUAAUCAUUCCAUUUGUAAUGCAUGGUGGAUCAAUUAGUUUGGACCAAAUGUUUACUACAAAAUGUAGACAUACAUUCAUGUACAGGUUGACAAUUUGCUGAUGCGCCUUGAUGAUUCUUAAUUUUUCCUGCCAAAAGAUAUUUAGGAGUCUGCAAAUAUAGAGAUAAUAUACUACAGUUUACUUUUUUGUAACACUACCAUUUUUGUAAUGACAGUUUUUCUAUUUACACUUUUUGAUGAAUGGAAAUGUAUUUUUUAAAUUUCAAUGUAUAUCAUCAUUAUAAUGAAAAAAAUUAUAAUAUAUUGUAUGCACUACAUAGAUGUUUUAUAUUAAUUAAAAUGUAUGUAGUAUAUACCUGUAUGUGUAAUUUAAAAGGGAAAUACAACCUUAUUAGCAAGUUCUCUGAAAGAAAGCAGUAAAAUGAGAGACAAAGGCUGAUGAUAGUUUGAAUGAAGUCAAACAGUCAAGCAUUUAACAAAUCUCUGAGUUUUCUUAAUUAAGUUGUAAUCACUAUACAUAAUUUUUACUUGGUAUAGACUUCAUUCAUUUUGAAGAUGCUUUCCAUGAUAUAUUUUGAAUAAUGCCUCGAGUGAAAAGACAGUUAGGAGUUAACGAGAAAGAUAUUAAUGAUAUUAAUAAUAUUUUAGUGAACAAAAGCAGGAGAGUUGUCCUUGAAUACGCCGUAAUCUACUGGCCUAAUUGCAAAUGUUGGUUUCGCAUUGAUUUUGUGAUCUCAUCUUUCAAAACAUAACUUCUUAUUUGUCCAAUUCCUGUUUCUGUGAUUUUUUUCCUGCUAUCACACGAAUCCCCUUAUUACAAAGGGUGGAUAACCCUUGAAGUGUGUCAUUGUAUUCAAGACAAAUUAUUAUGAAGUAUGAUUGAGUAUUUUCCAUGU